UAUGGACUGACACUGGGAAUUUUGCAGGUCUAGCGGGUAAUUGAUCUAAGUGUUUAAACAGUCAAUAUUAACGAAAUGUCAUCGUAUAGCUGGUUAGCGGAAUUGAGUUCAUGCAAAUAGUUGUUCGUUUAGCAACUUCUGCACGAAGCAUAAGGCUCGUUUUCGAUGAACAACUUGAACGACCCCCCAAUUUGGAACAUCAGGCCAGACCAGGGAGGGGGUGGAGAUGGGAACAAGUGGAAUUAUGCCCUCCUGGUGCCCAUGCUUGGCCUGGCUGCCUUUCGGUGGAUCUGGUCCAGAGAGUCCCAGAGGGAGAUCCAGGAGGCGAAAUCCAGGUACGAAAAGGACAUGAAGGCCAUCUCCAAGGACCUGGAGAUGAAAUAUAGACAGACCCUGACAGAGAGCCAGCGGAUGGUGGCGCACCUGGAGCUAGAGCUGGAAAAGGAGCGCCACCGUGUGGAGGGCUACCGGAAGGCCCUGGCCUCCCAGAGCCAGCAGCUCCUGGAGCAGCGCCAGGGCCUGCAGCGAGAACGCGAAGCCCUGGAGAAGGAGAGGGAGCAGCUGCUGAGGUCAGGCAGUGCCGGAGCCCUCCUCCAGGGGGCGCUGGAGAGGGAGAGUGCAUGGCAGCAGAGGGCCACUGCUGUGCUGAGGGAGUUUGAAGAGAACCUGGUGGAAAGGCAGAAUCUCUUCUGCAGCGUUCUCAUUCCCCGCGAGCGCCGGCUGGAGUUGGAGAGGAACCUGCUGAUAAAGUCGGUCAAGGAGCCGGUGGCCACCGAGCUGAACAUGGAAGCCGACCUCAAGGACAUUUUCAAAAACGACCGGCACUGCGCGGACCUCCUGAACACAGACAAGCGUAGGAACGGCAGCUUGAUGUGGCUCUACCUCAGGUACUGGCAGCUGAAGGUUGCGCAGCAGAAAAAUGAGAGGGCAAAGGCCUCGCUGCUAAAGCCACAGUCUGACUUUAAAUGAUUUUGCUGGGCUGAUGAUGAAGAAACAUGAAAUAACCAACAGAAGGGGGUCACAUGAAAACAAAAUGUGGGUAUUACUGGGGAAAAAAGCAUUUUGCUUUAGAUUGCAAAAAGCUCAUUUCUUAUCAUUCUCACUUCAAUUAGACCUGUAAAAUUGCUGUAAGUAGUGGCGACUGCAGCACGUGCAGGAAGGCUGCUUUUGUUAUAUCAUGUCACAAAUAUUUAACAAGGAUAAAAAACACAACACAAACUUCGCAUUUGUUCAACCAAAAAUAUAUAAAUGAAUGUGGAUGUGAAUAUCCUGAAAUUGUGAGUAAGAUUACAGAGAAACAUGAUUCCAUGUCAUGCAAUACCACAGGCAACUGUCAGUGUUAUUUACAUCAACAGUUCCAUUACAAACUAUAAAAUCCAUCCCAUAACUUCAGACCAACCCAUUUAUAGUAAAUGUGUGUUAACCCACACACCACAAAGGCUGAUACAACACAACGUUCCUGCCUCGCCCAAUGGAAUUCAUUGUAGUGCCACAUUUUAAAUGGCUAAAGUUAAGCUUCAAAUAAAUGUCUUCAGCUUCAAAAUGUUUGUACUAUCAGGCCCCCGCAAUUAGACCUUCUGAAAGGAUUGUUGCCUCUGUUGAUGCCCCUGCAGCUUUGUUUUCAGUUCAAGAUGGCUGCUAGUGUAAAAGAGUUUCACUUCUCCCUUUCCAGCCCUUUGUUGCCCUUGGCCAGAGGCAUGUAAAGCUCACAGGACAAUGACCAGUCAGACACUGCGCAUAGUGUUCUGGAAUACUGUGCAAAAGGAUAUAUGUUUCUGCAUCUCCCAUUCUAGGCAGUGGUGUCUAGACACUGACAUCAGUAUAGCAUACUACAGUAGAACAGCCUUUCCCAGAACAGCAUAGGUACUUAGAUUUUUUAUUACUUUAUAAUGUAGUAGCAAUGGAAUUACAUGGCCAUUUCCUUGACUAUGUGGUAAAACAUAAUGCAAUUACAAUACAUUGUUGUACAAUAAAAGUAUUAUUGUACAAUAAAAGUAAGAGCAACGUUACCCUCCUUGGUGCAAAUUCACACUAUCUCAGUCAGAAGGGGUGACCCAGUAAAAAUAUUUGCUUUUCUUUGACUAAAAAUGUUUUGUUAUAAUUUCUGCCACACAUCCUUCAAUCAUUUUGUAUUUAUUGCACAAAUAGAUCUGUUUAUUGCAUGGGCAUUUCAGUCCUCUGUGAUUCCUGUCAGUUAUAUUUGUGAAUGCUCUAUGGUACAAACAAGAUCUAACAACAGUGUGUAUGAAUAAUGCAAAAAAAUAAA